AUGAAGUUCACUACUGCAUCAGGCGCCUCUCUGGUUGCCCUCUCAGCCUUGUCUACACUUGCUUGUGCAGAGGAUGUUUUGUACAGUAAGCGCAUGGUGAAGCGUGGUCUCGACCAGGACGGGAACUACAACAUCUCAUUCUUCCACAUUAACGACGUGCACGCCCAUCUGGACGAGUUCAGCUCUUCAGGAACCGACUGCACCAGGCCUGAGCGAGGAUGCUACGGAGGCUAUGCCCGCGUCAAGCAUGUGAUUGAGGAGCAGCGUCCCAACGUCGAAGACAGUCUCUGGCUCAAUGCUGGUGAUGAAUUCCAAGGUACCUUGUUCUACAGCUACUAUGGCGGCGAGAAGAUUGCCGAGGUUCUCAACGAGCUCGAGUUCGACGCCAUGACGCUUGGAAACCACGAGUUUGACGGUGGAGAUGCUGAGCUUGGAGAGUUUCUUGUCAAUCUUACGUUUCCCGUUGUCAGCGCCAAUGUGCACUCCCAAGAUCCAAAUGUCAACAAGACGGUCAAGCCCUGGACCAUCUUUGAGGAGCACGACCUGGCAGUGAUUGGAGUCACCGCGCAAGAAACCGCCAGCUUGAGUAACGCUGAUCCAACCACUGUCUUUUCUGAUGUUGUCGAGGCCGUGCAAGGUGCCAUCGAUCAGAUCAAGAGCACCACCAACAUCACCAGAAUCGCAGCUCUUACCCACAUCGGCUACGAGAAGGACCAGGAACUUGCCAAAGCCACCACUGGUCUCCACCUCAUCAUCGGCGGCCACAGCCACACGCUCCUCGGGGACAUGGAAGACGCCGAAGGCAAGUACCCAACCAUUGUCGACAACAAAGACGGCGACGAAGUCUUCAUCGUAACCUCCUACCGGUGGGGCGAAUACGUCGGCUACAUCGACGUAACCUACGAUCCGUCUGGCAAGAUCCUCGCCUACCACGGCGCGCCGAUCCACCUGACCAACACCACCGAGCAAGAUUCGUCCCUGCAGUCUGAAAUCGAAGCCUGGCGCGGCCCGUUUGAAGAAUUCGCCGCCCAAGUCCUGGGCACGACCAACGUCGAGCUGGACCAGACGACGUGCCAGAAGCAAGAAUGCCUCCUAGGCGACUUCAUGGCCGACGCCAUGCUCUCGUACCGCAAAAACAACACCGACGACGUCGACUUUGCCCUCAUCAACGCCGGCGGCAUCCGCGCCACCAUCGACACGGGCGACAUCACCCGCGGCGAAGUCCUCACCUCCUUCCCCUUUGGCAACUCCAUCGUCCAGCUCCCCAUCUCCGGCAAGCUGCUCUGGGAAUCCCUCGAAGGCAUCCUCACAGGCAUCAACCUCGCCAACGGCCGCCCCGUAACUUCCUUCUUCCAAAUCAGCACAGGCAUCACCGUCCAAUACAACCCGGACAACGCCAACAAUACCAAACUCAUCGCCGUCACUAUCGCCGGAAAGCCGCUCGACAACGAUACUACCUAUCAGAUGGUCACGCUGGAUUUCAUCGCCGGCGGCGGCGAUAAUUUCUUUGAGACGACGACGGAUUUUGUGAGCCUGGAUACCCAGGACGAGGUCUUGACGAGGUAUAUUCAGGCGCAGUCGCCUGUCGAUAUCGAGCUGGAUGGCCGGAUUGAGAAGGUUAGUAGGAAGAGGGAGGAGGGUGUUGGUGGUGUGGGGAAUGGGACGGCGACGGAUGGGACCAGGCCUUCGCCUUCGACAGGGACGCCGCCGUCGCCGCAGCAGACGCAGAAUGCGGCGGAGAGGAUGGGACAGGGUGCUGUUAGUGCGUUGGUGGUUGGGCUUGUUGCUGCCUUGUGUGUGGUUUGAGAGGAUAUGAAGUAAUGCUUAAUGUUAAAAAGAACAAAUGUUUUCAAUGACUGAAUGACAUGUACACU